UUCCAAUCGAUACUCCUUGGGCUAUGGAUUUUGGUUCCGAGUCUCGGAACACCGGGAAGAUGAACGGACCCAAAUCCAGGUAGACGACCUCCAGCACUAUGGCUGCUAAUCGCCCCUGAUGUCAUGCACGGCUGCAAGCGCUUGCAGACAGCGGCAAAGUGGGUCCUGGCGACUGCGCAGGCGUUGCGAGUAUAACUCCCCACCGUCCACGGAACUGAUUAGCACACCUUCCGCUCCACCCCCGUCAUUAUGUCCCUAAUCCGGGACUCUACUUUGGGGCACAUACUCUACUAUGGCUCUAGACGACGAUGGCUUUCGCAUCCUGAAGACAGGGAUGAUUUCGACGUACCGCGACGAUACACGGACGAGAAGGGACGUAAUGACGGGGGUCAACGUCAGCGUCUGACAGAGGCGAGUGCGAGCUCGUCAGAGUUCACCCCUCGUGGUUCAGACGAAGAGACCGUGGUCGGGGAUCCCAUGGAUAGCCGAGCGACAAGCGAGCUCCAGAAGUCGGAGAAGGGCGUCUCCCCCUUGGUCUCUCCCGCCGGGUCUUCACCAGAACUUGAUGGAGACCCGAAUUUAGUGACCUGGUAUGGGCGUGACGAUCCUGCGAACCCCAUGAACUGGUCGCUGGCGAAGAAGAGCUUGGUUACUCUCCAGCUUUGCGUCUUGACAUUCUCUGUGUACGUGGGCUCCAGCAUCUACAGCCCCGGCAUACAAGACUUCGCGCAGGCUUUCGGUACCAACCUCACCGUAGCCACCCUCGGCAUGACCCUCUUCGUAUUCGGCUACGGCAUUGGACCUAUGUUCCUCUCCCCACUCACGGAGAUCCCGCAAGUUGGGCGCAACCCGCCAUACAUGAUCUCUCUCUUCAUCUUUGUCUUGCUACAAGUGCCCACCGUGCUGGCUACCAACGUACCUGGAUUUCUGGUCUUGCGGUUUCUGGCCGGCUUUUGGGGCUCGCCACCUCAAGCGACCGUUGGCGCCAGUAUUUCUGAUAUGUUUGCGCCCAAAACGCGAGCGUACGCUAUGGGACUAUGGGGCGCGUUCUCUGUCUGUGGACCCGUGCUAGGGCCGAUCAUUGGCGGCUUCGCCGCACGCGCACUCGGCUGGCGUUGGUCAAUCUGGCCGCUGCUCUUCCUCACCGGCGCUACGUGGAUCGGGCUGUUUGUGCUCCUGCCCGAGACGUCGCCAAAUAACAUCCUGUAUCGACGAAAGGAGCGCCUGCGGCGGCGGACUGGUAACGAUAUGCUGUACACCGAGGGCGAGCGCAAUUUCGCCUCUCAAGCUCUCAGCACUUCUCUCCAGAUGACAUUUGUCCGACCCUUUCAGCUAAUGCUUACCGAGCCCAUCGUGCUCUCACUCAACGUUUACAUCGCCCUAAUCUACGCGCUGCUGUACGUCUGGUUCGAGGCCUUCCCCCUCGUCUUCACCAACAUUUACGGGUUCAACCUCGGCAUGGAGGGCCUCGCCUUCCUCGGCAUCUUCUCCGGAGUAUGCGUCACGUACCCCUUCUACUGCAUUUACGCGAAAUGGUAUCUGGAGCCGUUAUACGAGCCAGACGAGCAUGGCAAUACACGCGUCACACCGGAGGCUCGGCUGCCGCCGGCGUUGAUUGGGUGUUGGGCGAUCCCUAUUUGCUUGUUCUGGUUUGGUUGGACUUCAACUGCAAGCAUCCAUUGGAUCGUCCCAAUCAUCGGGUCUUCAUUUUUCAGCGUUGGCACAUUUUGCCUCUUCCAGAGUGUGGUUAACUACUUACCCGAUUCCUAUCCGGGCUACGCCGCAUCCAUACUCGCCGGCAACAACUUUUUCCGCGCCAUCGUCGGGGGCGCGUUCCCGCUCUUCGCGCGCGCCAUGUUCGAAAACCUGCAGAAGAAGAACGGGCCGGCAGCCUUUCCGGUGUCGUGGGGGUGCACACUGUUGGGCUGUUUAUCACUCGUCAUGGUGCCGCUUCCAUACAUCUUCUUUAGGUAUGGGCGAAGGAUAAGACACAUGUCGAAGUACGCCCUGCACGACGACUGAUGGAAAAUGAGCAACAAUGUAGAUGUGGCAUCUGAUUUAGAAUAAUUAGUAAAGUGAUUAUAGCGAGGCAAUUGCUGUGGAGACGAGCAU